CCGCCGGCCUGGGAGGGGUUCUGGUAAAUAACUUUGUAUUUCCCUUUCCUCCGGGUUUGUCCGCUCGCACGUCCGGGCCUGCGACGGUGCAGAGAACAAAAGGACAAGAUAAUAAAGUACAAAAUGGUUCUUUGCAUCAGAAGGAUACAGUUCAUGACAAUGACUUUGAGCCCUACCUUUCUGGACAGUCAAAUCAGAGUAACAGCUACCCGUCCAUGGCCGACCCCUACCUGCCCAGCUAUUACCCGCCGUCCAUCGGAUUCCCUUACUCUCUCAGCGAGGCGCCGUGGUCCACUGGAGGGGACCCCCCUGUCCCCUACCUCACCACCUAUGGACAGCUCAGCAACGGGGACCACCAUUUUAUGCAUGAUGCCGUGUUCGGGCAGCCUGGGGGCCUGGGGAGCAGCAUCUACCAGCACAGGCUCAGCUUCUUCCCAGAAAGCCCUCCCUUCUCCGCCUGGGGGGCGGGCGGGGCACAGGGGCAGCAGGCCCAGGGUUCGGCUUACGGGGGCAGCUACGCCUACCCGCCGAGCUCCUUGGGUGGCUCUGUUGUGGACGGGCAGGCCGGCUUCGCCAGUGACAGCCUCAGCAAGGCCCCAGGGGUGAGCGGCCUGGAGCAGGGCCUGGUGGGCCUGAAGGUCGGCGACGUCACUGCCUCCGCAGUCAAGACGGUGGGCUCGGUUGUCAGCAGCGUGGCCAUGACCGGUGUGCUCACUGGCAACGCUGGGACGAACGUCAGCAUGCCCGUUUCGAAGGCGACUUCGUGGGCCGCCAUCGCCAGCAAACCGGCAAAGCCACAACCGAAAAUGAAAGCCAAGGGCGGGCCUGUCAUCGGGGGCGCACUGCCCCCUCCCCCCAUAAAGCAUAACAUGGACAUCGGCACCUGGGAUAACAAGGGGCCUGUGCCCAAGGCCCCAGCGCCCCAGUCUGCCCCAGCGCCCCCGCCGGCCGUGCCACCCCUGCCUGCUCAGGCCCCGCCCUCGGCCCAAGUGCAGCAGCAGAGCCCCCCGCAGCCGCCCCAGACGCGCUGGGUGGCCCCACGCAGCCGGAGUGCAGCGCUCGGGCCGGGCGCCGGGACCGGGGGUGACGGUCACUCUCCCGGAAGCGCCCUGCCCAGCUCUGCCCCGAGCGUGGACUCGCACCCCAUUCUGGAGAAACUGAAGGCCGCCCACAGCUACAACCCCAAGGAGUUCGACUGGAACCUCCGGAGCGGCCGCGUGUUCAUCAUCAAAAGCUACUCGGAGGACGACGUGCACCGCUCCAUCAAGUACUCCAUCUGGUGCAGCACGGAGCACGGCAACAAGCGCCUGGACGGCGCCUUCCGCUCCAUCGGCAGCCGGGGGCCCGUCUACCUGCUCUUCAGCGUCAACGGCAGCGGCCACUUCUGCGGGGUGGCCGAGAUGAAGUCGCCGGUGGACUACGGCACGAGCGCGGGGGUCUGGUCUCAGGACAAGUGGAAGGGCAAGUUCGACGUCAAGUGGAUCUUUGUCAAGGACGUGCCCAACAACCAGCUGCGGCACAUCCGGCUGGAGAACAAUGACUACAAGCCCGUCACCAACUCCCGCGACACCCAGGAGGUGCCCUUGGAGAAGGCAAAGCAAGUGCUCAAGAUCAUCGCCUCCUACAAGCACACGACCUCCAUCUUCGACGACUUCUCCCACUACGAGAAGCGCCAGGAGGAGGAGGAGGGGGCACGUAAGGAACGGCAGAAUCGAAGCAAGCAGUGAGCAGAAGCCAGUUCCGUCGUGGUCUCACGUCUGAGGACCCGUGCGCUUGGUGCUGUCCUGGCGUCGGCCGCUGGCUUGUCGUGCGGGCCGGCGCACCGCGUCCUCACGUCCUCCCUGCUCACUUUUGCCGGGGGCCUGCGUCCACCUGCAUUUUUCUAUGUGUUGUCGCGUUACAGAACUCACUAAUAAAGGAGGGUGGUCUUCACCAGUUUAUCGGUCAGAUUGACCUAAUGCGAGUUACAAGUAUCUUUAAAAACAAACAAGAACGAACACACGCCCCAAAGAUUGUUCUUUAUUUUAGCAGAAAUUACGUUCUCAUUCUUACGUUUGCACUCACGUUACACGGUACGUCACCCCUCAGCCUUCGCUGCUUCCCGGUGACCCUGAGUCGUGUCACGUAGUGUGUCUUGGUGAAACACUUCUCAUCACGGUGGCGAAGACAGCAGGCCCCGCCCCGCGUCGGGCUGGUUUGCGGUUCUCACUGUCGGCCACCUCUGCGAUGCUCCCGCGCCCGUGGGUCUUUGCUGGGCAGAGGGAUGCGUUGUGGUUUCCGCAUUUGGGGGGCCCGUCCCUUCUGCAGUCUCGCACCCCCGGAGUGGCCACUCUGGUGGGGUGACGGCGGGACCCGGCAUGUCCGGACGCCUCGGUGUGUGCGUGUCACUCGUUCCUGUCACUCGGGAGCCCCAGGGCUGUGUUCGUUUCCGUGCCCGUGGUGCUGAGCUCGAGAGGAGGCCGACAGCGGGUCGCAGGGUAUGGUGCUGCCACCGCAGGCUUCACCGUGCGUCCGAAUCUUUUUCCUGUCGAUUGGGUAAAAAGAGCAAAAGAACCUUUCAGGACCUGAGUUUGCUGUCAUGUUUUGCGGAAUGAGGGACCAUGGACAGUCGCCGUCCCCUGGAGCUGGAGCGUGACGGUGGUUCCACGUCUGCCUGCGCGCCCGCCCAUGGUGGGGCUCCCCGCGGAGGGAGCAGACCCUCCUGAGACUCCGCUCUGGAGGGCCCCCCGAGCCCCCGUGCCGUUCAGACGUGUGUGCACAGCUCCCCGUCUGCACUGUCACUGCCCGGACGGGUCACGGCCGUCGGCGACUUCCUCUGGGAGAGCACGAGCCUUAAUAAACAACACCUGUUGAGCAA